AUGGAUAGGGGAGGGGAAAACCUAGACAGGAGAAUUGAUUCAGGAGAGAAACGUCUCAAUGAGCUUGGUUACAAGCAAGAACUCAGAAGAGAAAUGUGUCUGUUGAAGACAUUCGGGAUUACAUUCUCAAGUAUGGCGGUUUUCGCAGGGACCCCUUUGUACGGUUCAAGUCUUCUUUAUGCAGGGCCUGCCCCUAUGAUAUGGGGAUGGGUGAUGGUUACAUUCUUCACCUGGUUCAUUGGGAUUGCCAUGGCUGAGAUCUGCUCUUCUUUCCCAACAGCUGGUUCACUUUACUUCUGGGCUGCUCAUUUGGCCGGCCCCAGAUUGGGUCCAUUUGCAUCUUGGUGCUGUGCUUGGCUAGAAAUAAUCGGCCUUGUUUCUGGAAUAGGUACACAGGCUUAUGCAGGGUCACAGACAUUGCAAAUCAUCAUUUGACUAUGUACUGGUACAAACCGUGGCGGAUACUUUGCUCCUCCCAGGGUAUUCUUAUGCAUGUAUAUAGGUCUAACCAUCAUAUGGGCAGUACUCAACAUCUUUGCAUUACAAGUUGUGGCCCUUCUUGACAUAAUCUCAAUAGGGUGGCAGGUAAUUGGUCUGGCUGUAGUUAUAAUGCUCCCCUGGGUGGCACCUCAUACUCAAUCUGCUUCUUAUGUGUUCACUCAUUUAAAGACAUCUCCAGAGUUGACUGGCAUCAGUAGCAUACCCUAUGCAGUGAUUCUAUCAGUACUUCUCAGUCAUUACUGUUUGUUUGGUUAUGACACUGCUGCACAUCUGACGGAGGAAACAAAGGAUGCAGACAUAACUGGCCCUAUUGCAAUUCUCUCAAGCAUAGGAGUCAUCUCAUUGUUAGGAGGGGCUUUCUACUUAGCUCUCACUUUCAGCAUUCAGGAUCUGAACUACUUAUACAACCCGACCAAUGAGACAGCUGGGGCACUUGUACCAGCACAAAUAAUCUAUGAUGCAUUUCAGGGAAGGUUCCAUCAUUCUGGAGGAGCUAUAGUUUUCCUAUUCAUCAUAUGGGGAUCCUUUUUCUCUUGUGGCCUUUCAGUCACUGCUAGUGCAGCCAGAGUAGUGUAUGCAGUAUCAAGGGAUGGAGGAAUUCCCUUUUCAUCAAUAUGGAGACAAUUGCACCCAAAAUACAAGGUGCCAAAGAAUGCAGUUUGGUUGUGUGCAGCUAUCACCAUUCUUAUGGGACUACCCCUUUUGAAGGUUAAUGUUGUCUUCACUGCCAUCUUUUCUAUAAGUACAGUUGGGUGGGUUGGAAGCUAUGCAGUGCCAAUUUUCGCAAGGCUAGUAAUGGAUGAGAAGAAUUUCAAACCUGGACCUUUUUAUUUGGGAAGAAUUAGAAGGCCAAUUUGCCUUGUGGCCUUCCUGUGGAUAUGUUAUAGCUGUUCAGUGUUUCUCUUGCCAACUUACUACCCUAACAAGUGGGAUAACUUCAACUAUGCACCCAUUGCUCUGGGUAUAGUUCUGACAUUAGUAAUGUUGUGGUGGGUAUUGGAUGCAAGGAAAUGGUUCAAAGGACCAGUCAGGAACAUCAAGCUUCAGAAUGGAAAUGCUUAACAUCCUUGCAAAUGGUCUAAUGUAUACUUUAUGUAUUUGAAGUAAAGUGUGAAA